CUGGCGCAUGACGAUAAGAGUAAAAUAGACUAGACAACUAGGGUCCAUCGUGAAAAAUGGCUCUACUCGCGAGGAACAUCUGCAAAGUAUUUUCACAGACUGCUCAAAAAGGAGCUGUCAGAUGUUUGCAUGUAGGAACAGUACAUCGACAAGAAUCUGCAGUUGAACAGGAGGGAAAGGUAAAAUGCACGCUUAUACCAGGAGACGGUGUAGGGCCAGAAUUAGUAGUGUCCGUUCAAAGUGUUUUCAAAGCUGCGAAUGUGCCAGUUGAAUUUGAACCUUAUUUUCUCUCAGAAGUAAAUCCAACUCUAAGUGCACCCCUUGAACAAGUAUCCAAUAGUAUUGCAAGAAAUCGAGUAUGCCUGAAGGGUAUUUUAGCAACACCGGAUCAUUCUAUGACUGGGGAACUUCAAACGUUGAACAUGAAAUUACGUAAAAGUUUAGAUUUAUACUCAAAUGUUGUACAUGUAAAAUCUUUACCUGGUGUUACAUGCCGGCAUAAGAAUGUAGAUUGUAUUAUUAUUAGAGAACAAACAGAAGGAGAAUAUUCUGCAUUAGAACAUGAGUCUGUAAAGGGAGUAGUGGAGUGUUUAAAAAUAGUAACUGCAGUUAAAAGCCAAAGGAUUGCAAAAUUUGCAUUUGAUUAUGCAGUGAAACAUAAUCGUAAGAAAGUCACUUGCGUCCACAAAGCCAAUAUCAUGAAGCUCGGUGAUGGUCUUUUCUUAAAAUCAUGCCAAGAAAUUGCUAAGAUGUAUCCUAGAAUUACAUUUGAAACAAUGAUUGUGGAUAAUUGUACAAUGCAAAUGGUAUCUAAUCCACAUCAGUUUGAUGUAAUGGUAUUACCAAAUUUAUAUGGUAAUAUCUUGGACAAUGUGGCAUCUGGACUGGUCGGUGGUGCCGGGGUGGUUGCAGGUGCUAGUUAUAGUCCCGAGUGUGUUGUCUUUGAGCCGGGUGCAAGACACACAUAUUCAGAAGCCGUUGGUAAAAAUGUUGCAAAUCCUACUGCUAUGCUUUUGUGCGCUGUUAAACUUCUGCGCCAUGUGAAUUUAAAACGUUAUAGUGAACAAAUUAAGGAUGCAUUAAAUCGUGUUUUAAAUGAUGGAAAAGUAUUAACAAAGGAUUUGGGCGGACAAAGUUCUACAACAGAUUUUACAACUGCUGUAAUAAACUGCCUUCGUUAAUUUUUAAUCUAUAUUAAAUUUGAAAAGACCUAUGUAAAAUAGAAUCACAUACAAUAGGGGCAUUGUGCUCAUUUCAUGUUGUCAGAAAUAUUUAAUAUAACAAUGUUAAAUUGCAUAUUAUUAUCUCAUCGCAAAUUUUAUGUAACUUAACUGCUUUGGAUAUAAGUUAGGAUCUUCUUUAGAAAGAGUUGUAUGUUAUAAAUAGAAAAGUAUAACAUUUUUGUGUCGACGUUAUAUUUAUAACUGAGACUGUGUUUAUGACCAGGCAAUGCCAGUUGUAUGAUAAUAGUGUAAUACUCAAAUUGUACAUUAAUAAAUUAUACUACCUUAUAUUA